AUGGGUUCAAACUUGAGCGUGCCCGACGUGCGGGAAGUUAACAGAGAAGUCGAUAGAAUAUGGCGUCAAGGCGAAGUACGAGGUGUUACAUCAAACUACGAGAAAGUAGGAAGUCAUUUCAAUGACUGGCGAAUGCCUGUCUCAAAAUAUGCAAGAAAUGAAUUUUAUCUCGCUGAAAGAUUAAAAGAGAACGAUUACAUUGGAGAAUACGAAGUAUCAACCCAGCUUUGGCAAAAAUCAUGCGGGGUUGUGGACGAGAUCACGCAAUUAUUUCAGAAGACGCUCAAUAUAGUAACUUCUAGGAAAUACCCUUGCCUUAUCUUUGAAGACUUUGUGAAACAAGGUAAUUCACGAGAGGGCUUGAAAAUUCGUUAUCCUGACGAAUUUGAUAUGAUUCUUCCAUUCAGCAUUGACGGAGUUAGUGUGGAGGCUGUUCCAGCUCUUGAUAACGGCGGGGAACCGAUCCCAGCACUUGUGAAACUCCGUGUGUCAAAUGAUUCACACAGAGCAAAGGUCAUGUAUGAGGAUCAUUACCACACGCUCAGAAGGGAAGAAAUCUUUGAAACACGUGGCUCCGAUGUGUUCCUAAACGCGAGGUACUUACAGACACGAGUAGUAUUAUCAAUCAUGGAUACUGCGAUUGCAGAGAUAAAGAAAGCAAUCGCCGAAGAGAUGCCACAUGAAAGUUGUUCUUUCACUCUCUGUAAAGCUAGUGUGUUUCCACCAACGUACAGAUUCAAAAUAAUCAUGAAUAGCGAUGCUGAUUUUGAUGAACUCUCUCACAUUCGAAAUACAUUUCGUCGCUUGCAAGAUGACCGCGUUCAAAGCAGGGAUUAUCUUUGUGCACAAAGCUCAAGUCAAGAAUGGAACCAAGAAAGAAAAAUAAUCGAAUUUGACAUCGUUCCAGGGUUUCUCCUUCAAACAGAUUUAGUUCCUAAUCCGGACUCUUGGAUUCCAAUGACAUGUGACAGAUACGCUGUUAUGAAAUGGAUCCAUAAAGAACGUUAUGCAGAUGAUUAUCCUAGCCCUGACUUGCUCUGGAGGGAAAGCACAUGCGGAUACGAGAAACAUAUCAUCGAUAUUAGCUGUAGAAACGAAAGGUACCUCUACAUCCUCACAGCUUGUAGGGUUUUAAAGGCUUACAUAGACGGCUCUAGCGGCUGUUCACAGCUUUCAAGUCUCCUGUCGUCUUACCACUUGAAGAACAUUGCGAUCCACUGCAUUCUUCUGCAGAUUAAUGUUUCCAGCGUAAAGGAAGCUUUGGGCUACUUCAUGAUUUUUCUGGAGAUAGGCCUUGAAAAGGAGUUCUUGCCACACUAUUUUUACGGUAAUUCAAAUAUCGCUGAUAUGUUUUCAAUGCUCUCACCAAAGAUCGGCAGUAAACGUCUCAAUCUGCUGAAACAUAUCCCAGGAGACCAUUUUGUACAGGCUCGGCUUUCUCUAGGACGGAUGCAAACUGACUUGCGCCCACUUUACGCCGAAAGCUUUGAACUUUGUAACCGUACGAAGAUAGAUUCUUUCAGAGAACUCUGCUCUCUGUAUGAUGAAAGCGGUAAAUGCAUUUUGAUGUAAAAAUCUACAGA